CUUCAGUAAACAAACAUGGCUGGAGUAACAAAUUCAGGGAAGAGACUCGUCCGCUCCAAAUCUGGACUGAGAAUAAUACCCUUAAAGGACACAGACAGGAGUCCGUUUGAGUUGAGAGAACCAGAAUGGAUCCCCGACAAAAUGAGCCCGACUUGUAUGGACUGCAAGGAAAAGUUUGACUUUUUAAAACGAAGGCAUCACUGUCGGAGAUGUGGGCGGGUCUGCUGUGCUACCUGUUGCGAGACCCGACUGGCCCUCCCUAGGAUGUGCUUCCUGGAUCCAGUGCGGAUGUGUUCUCCCUGUGCAGAGACCACCUCAAAAGAGAACCAGUUCUAUAACAAGGAUCUGAAGACACUUAUUACGGGAGCCAUCUUAAGUCAGAGUGCACAGGAUCAGUUUGACCUAGAAUCAUGCUUGGUGCAGUGCCGAUUGUCUCCUGAUCACCGAUACUUGAUACUGUCUGGAUCACAAGUUGAUAACCUAACACCAUUGUCCAUACCAAUGCACAGGGUAACAGGACUUCAUGUUGCCAACAGAUUCCAGGAUUCAGCAGGCAACUUCAAGGUAACAGGGGUUACAGUUCAGUAUACACUGGCUGGAGAAGACGAAGACGAGGUUUCCAUUGCAGCUCCUCCUGAUGCUUCGCCCUCUGCAUAUGAUUUCCUAACAGCACUAGAAAAGGCUGUCUUCAUGAUGCAGGAGGCCCGUGCUGUAAUUGGCAUAGCAGAGUGAGUGAAAUGGCCAAGGAGCAAAUGUCCCCUAAGGGGAUCAGAGGUAAAAAGAACAGGUAUACUGGAGAUUAUGGAGUUGGUCAGCUAGCUAGAUUCCAGAUGGUUUUUGAUAAUUUGGGUUGGAGAGGAUGUUGUGAUUGCCAGUGUGUGAUUUUUUUUUUUCUUUGCAUGGUGGUAGGAAGUUGUAGCAAUUUCCAAGGGCUGUAGUAACUGGGAAAUGUAUAUCAAUUAUACAGAUAUGUAAAGUAUGACAGAAUAGAGUGAUCCACCAUUUAUAUUCACUAUUCACUACAUACAUUAUUUCCAGGUAUGUGGGAGUAUCAUGUAUAUAAUCCCUAUAAAAGACUCAUUGUUCUGUGAUUAAAGGAUAGAUUAGGUGUAUGUAACUUCUGUAAGUUUUUUAUUGGUGCUUUAUCCUUUCACUGUACAAUGUCUGUAAGGGAUAUGUAUUUGCUUAUAUAUUAUAGCUCAUUUUGUCUUUUAUCUUGUAUAGCACAUACAGAUUUUGUAAUAUAUAUUUUGUCAAUGAGAAUAUAGUAUUGUUAUUCUUAUAUGUUUGUGAUACUUUCCAUUGCCUUCAAGUUACAUAUAAAGAGUUCAUGAAACACAUGUAUUUGAAAAGAAGAGAGAAUAAUCAUUACUUGGAUUAGGUCUAGAAGGAAUUUUUACCAUGCUUGAAACUGUUCUCAGUGUACUGGGUUUUCAUCUAAGAAAAAGAAGAUGGUAAAUUUCUUCUAUCCGUGCACUGUUAAGUAUAGUCCCUUCCACUUCCUAGUUUAUCUCUCAGCAUGUCAUUGUGGGAACUGACAGUUUUGACUCUUGUAUCUGAGACACAUCUACUAUGAGGAGGAGGUGCAUGUUUCAGAUUCAGGAGUCAAAGCAGGUGGCUCACACAUUGGUUGCUCUGUGGUGCAACGGUAGCUUGCUUGUCUAGCAGUCUUGCUGACCUGUGAUCAAUCCCGUGUGCUGCCAGUGGAUGGUAACCCCUGCCAUUCCUUGCACACAGGAGAUUUAGAAACAAAAUAAAACAGAGCAUGUCACAGCAAAGAAUAUCCAUUGUAACAAAUGGAAUUAAAAUUAAAACUGAAUCUUGCAUUGAGUAGUGAACUUGAUAUGGAGGGACUGAUAUUUGCAAUGUAUAGAUGAUAUUACUAAUAAUUUAAAAGACCAUAAAUUCCAUUUAUGUCAGGGAACAUACAGAGAAAAAUGGUAGAAGGCCUAAAACUGGUAGUUUUAUAUUUUAUAUUUUCCUGUGCUCACAUGAAAAGUAGUCAUCAGUGUCAUCCAUUAGGUUAUAAAAAUGGUAGUUAUUUUCUUAUCUUGUAAUAUUUAUUAACAUAAUGCUUCCAGGAACAUGUAAGGUUGACUGUAGUUUUGUUUUGUGAAAUGUCUCUUUAAAGCAAAUGUUUCCACAAGGGCUCACCCACAAAGGAGUCAAUUAGUAGGUUUACACAUCCUCACCUUGAAUUUUUUUAUUUCUAAACAAUUAUAUUUAACCAUGUGGUUAUUAUUAUUAUAUGCAUUUUGGUAAUUACAGAGUUGUUAAGAAUGCUAAUAGCAAUAGGAUUUUUUUGCUGAAAGUUAAAGAGAAGGGUAAACAGAGGAAAUAAGUAGGGCUAUUAAUUGACUUCUUAUUGACUAAGCACCUGGGAAGCCAUCUAUGUGUUAACACAAUUAAUAAACAAAACUUGCAGUUAAUAAGCUAUACAUACAUGCCAUCCCUCAUGGCAAUAGUUUAAAUGUGAUAUUCACCAUGCUACAGAUAGAACAUUAGAGUAAUGGCAUGAUAUCUCUAAGAUGAGCAAAUUUUACAGUUAAAUAUUGUUCAUUAGAUUUGUAGGUUUUCAAAACUAGCAGGACAAAGUAUUGCCAUUGUACAGAAAAGCUGAGAUGACAGAUUUAUAACUUUUGAUUUUCAAAAUAGUGAAUGACAAGCCACACACAAAGGAAAUUUUAUUUGGGUUUUUGGGAAGCGUCACAUUGGUAGUAUCUAGCAUGAUAUUGUGAUUUUACAAGAAAACAGUAUAAUAUGAAUUUGAAAUGUGAUUGAUAAAAGAAUUUCCAAUGAAAUGCUUCUGUGAGUAAUAGAUACUGCCUUUUUAGUGAAUUUCCAUUUGUAAGAUAGAAUCUUUUAUAAGUAUUUGAUAAAAAAGUAUGUGCUUCUGCAGUUUAAAUACUUUACUCAGUAUUUGUGAAUUUGAACAAGUAUGUCAAAGUAAUCUUGAAAUGUAUUGUGAAUGCUGAGAGAUCUAAUUAGAUUCAAACAAUCUUGAACAAUUUGCUGGUUUAAGGCUAUCUUUAAUUUUUAUUUUAUAGACAAUCAGAAAUAUGUGAACCUAGCAUCAAGUUAAAGAAGUACUCUAGGUGAUGGUCAUGUUAUCCAAAGGGAGUCUUGAAUGGAAAUAGGGAAGGCUGUGUAAAGACUCUUUCAUAUUGAAUUCCAUAUUUUAAUCCUUUCUGUAAUUUGCUUGUGAUUCUAUGGCAUUGUUUCAUGUUAGGUGUCAAAAAAUUCAUGUUGCUUGUUAUUUUUAAUGAUUCUGAAGAGUUAUGGUGUGUUUUCAAAGUUAAAAACACAUCCUAAUUUAUAGAUUUCAGAUAUUAGAAAAGAGACUAUUGAAAAUGUAUUAAUGUUUGUUUCCAGACAAGAGAAUGUUAUUGCUGUCUAUUUGUUAUAAAGUUUCAAUGUUGUGAUGUUUGUAUGUUGCAUGUUGUCUUGCCAGUAUUCGUAUUAAUGUCUUACCUCCAUCACCAUGACUGCCUUUGAUUAUGUUUGGAAGAUUUUCAGAGGUAGUUUGAAAGUGAUCAAAACCUGGUGUUGGUAACUGUUGAUAUUAUCAUUGAAUCUCAUUGUAAAGUAUUUUUGAGCCUCUCUAUCUUCAUUCUUUUUUAUGUACUUUUUUGUUGACUUCCUGCUUUAUCUUAGUAUUCACUUUCUUUUCCAGGGUUUCUACAAGGCUAGAAUAAUAAUUAGAACAUAAGUCGGGAACACUUAACUAUUUAUCACACCAUUUGAUGUUAGAGUAGCACACUACAAUGAUAUUAGUUUUGUACUUUUGUAUGGUGUGUUUAAUGGAUAUAUUAUUCUUUAACAUGGAUAAGAAGGGAGAGACAUGUAUAUAAUAUGUUGAUUACUGAGUUUGUAUGUGCAUGUCUACUUAUAUAUAUUAUCUGCAACACAUGCAUGCAAAUGUAAUUUUGUGUUUUUGUACAGAUAUUAUUUAUGUGAAUUUAACCAAUUAGUGCUAGGUACAAGCACUGUUCAAAAUAGCUUUGUUUUACCUGAUGUCUCACAAGCAUUUAGUUGGCAAGGAGUCAGUUACUAGGCUUAUCUGGUCUCAGCAGCUUACUUCUUUUACUGAAUUUGUUGCUGAUAUUGUUGUUUGUAACAUUAUUGUUAUAUAUUUUUUUAUUUUUAUAAUGUUCUCAACAGUAAUAAUAGAAAUAAAUAUAAUGUUAUUUCCUGAAAAUUCAGGGAAUGGGGAAGCAUGUGAGGUAAGGUGAGCCUAGUAAUUGACUGUGGUAAUUAAGUGCUUUUGCAACCAUCUGUGUGUAACUAAAAGUAAUAAAACAAUCUGCCAAGAACAUUGCAUUCCCAGCAUCAAUAGGUGAAGAACACUGUAACUACUUUUAGGCAGAAACCAUCUAUUAUUGAAAAUAGAAAAACAGAAGAAUGAAAUAUUUUAGUCAUGAAGUAAGCCAAACUAAACAUUGCACACAAUACUGUAACCAAAUAUUCAAAUUUGCCAUGGAAUUGUGCCUAACUAGAAUAUAAUAACCAGUCAUAUUUGUAUCUUCCUAUAAAGUAACUGAACUAAUACAUCCUGCAUAGCUAGUGCCAAGUGUCUCCAUGGAAUUGAUAAGGAAAUACAACAAAAACUGUGGGUUUUGCCAAAAGUAAUGAAAUUAGGCUUGAUGUGUAAGUUAGAAGAAAGUAUAGAGGGAUCAAAGCAGAUAAUGCCACUUUAUAGAAAAGGGGAAGUAUAUUGUUUAUUCUAGAAAUUACAAAGCAUUUUCGUUUGAGAUAUAUAUGUAGAUUCAGUCAUUUAGGGUUAAUUUCCAUCACCAGCUCCCAUUCAGUGAUCUAAGUGUAACUUAGCACAUUUUCAGAAUUGUCAUGAAGUCAUCAGGGGACGUUGAAGACUUUAUUAACUGAAAUUUCACAAAGAAAUUUCUGUUAGACUUUCACACUUUUAUCUAAAAGAUUAAAGGAAAAAUACAGAUGAUAAUGGAUACUGUAAUAGUGAAAAGAGUCAUGCAGAAUAUCAUAGUGAGGUAUGUUUAUGAUAAUGCUUGGAAUGUGCCUAUGCCCCCCAAAAAUACCUUUUCUUGCAUGGCGAAAACAUUCUGUAUCCUUGCUUUUACUGAGAGCCAUGAAACUUACAAAUAAUGUUAUACAGGGAUUAUGAAAAUAAUGUGUAUAUUUAAGGAAACAGAUAAUUACAAUCAGAGAAAAUUCUGAAUCAGUGUGAAUAUACAUAAAAGAUUGAUAUACAAGAAUAUAUAAACUUUAAUUUUACGGCAAAAAGUUAGAAGGGCCAAUGUCAAAAAAGGCCUGUUUUGAGAUAUGCCUACCACAGAACUGGAAGUAUUUGCUUCUAUAAGUGUUAUAAAGGCUAAUGUCUUCAGGGCAUAAGAGACGCCACAAGAGCAAUACUUCGAAAUCCAAAUUUAUUGAAAAUCUUGUAUUCUAACAUAAGACUUAUUGCCACAAUAAGCGACCCAAAGCUUCAGGUUGUGUUUUUACUAUUCUAUAUUUUCCCUUAAGUGCCAUUUUCAGUCUACAAGUAAUAGAUUUUACAUGAAUGUAUAGCAGAAUUAUCAAAAGGUUUAUGAUUUUUAAGCCAUAAAAUGUUAGAAAACUUCAGAAGAAAUCAAUUUAGGAGGGAUGGUUUAAAUAUCAACAGCAGUAAAUAUUGUAAUUUAUUAAUUAAUCAAGAAAAAUACAUUUUUACAAUGUUUUUGAAAACAUAUUGUAUAUAGAGAUAUAUUUUUUCUUUCUUUUUUCUUUUUCAUUAUGAAAAAUAGUUAUUUUCAGUAUGUAAAAAAAUAUCUUUAAAAGGAUUAGACUGAUUAGGCAUAGAAAAAAGUCUAUUUCUUGAAUUAUUAUUAGCAGAAUUUCAAUCAUGACAUUGGCCUUUCUUGUUCUCAAUGCUAGAAUUCAAUGGAAUAGUUACUAUGAGGAUAGAUAUUUUCGAUGAGAAAUGCAUGUCUGAUUAAAGGUGAUACCUCUGCAUCAGGAAGGCCACUUGAAAAAAAAAAAAAUGCUGCAAUUUGCCAUCCUUCCAAAACUCUUUGUCUUCUACUUCAUUAUUUCUUACUUACAUCCCAUUGUUCUCAAAAUCAUAGUUUAUUUUCUUAUCAAUUCAUCCUUUCAUCCUCCUUAUUCUUUUUGUGUGGGUGUCAGAUAUAUUGAAACUACCAGACUGGUUUGAAAAUAUAGAGAAAUAUAGAGAAAAGGAAAAUUUCCAAAAUGGCUAGGCACAUCAGCAAUUGAAAUUUGCCCAGUUUUUAGGUAUUUAUCCACAGGUUGUUCAUAUCCCUUUUCUUCUCUCAUACACAUUUAUUUCCCUUAUCAAUUCCUCCUACCUCCUACUCUUUCUUCACUUUGCUGUGCUUUUUCAGCCACUACUACUUGUGCUAAUUCAAAUAGUAAUAUUACUAAUGUUUCAAAUAUUACUGUUGAUGCUGUCAUUACUACUAACUCCCAGUAACAGACACUUAAGGAGCAAAUUGAACCAGCCAGAUUGACCCUGCUUGUUAUUCUGUGCUGUUUUGAAAUAAUCCCAAACUGCUGAUUGAAAGUUUUUUAAAAUGUUCUAGCAUUUGAAACAGGAAUGUGAUUUAGGCCCCAAGUUCUCUAUCCUCAGAAUUUACCAUCUGAUGUCACAUUAAGUGUCUGUAACUACUACCAGUGCUGCUGCUACAGCUGGUAAUAUUGCCUACUACUUCAUAGACUAACAUUCUUGCAGGAUGCUAUUGCUAUUAGUAUUACUGUUUCCAUAGCCAAAACUGCUGUUACUCAGUUACUGAAACAUUUUUUUUUUUUUCAUGCAGGAUAUUGCUAAGUACUUAGAAUAAGCUUUAAGUGAAAGUGAAAAAGGAUACUGAUGGUGACAAAGCAACUCUACAGCCACAGUGAAUUGAGAAAUCUGUCAAUUUAUGUUUUUAAGAGUAUUUUCAGAGUAUUUUAUGAUUUCUCAGUUUGCAGUUUGUUAAUGUUGUUUAUUGUUAAUGUAUGUUAUCUUCAUUGUUAACAGGUGAUGGAAGUUGGUAGAUAGGUAUAUUAUGUAUUAUGUAUUAUUGAGGCUUGGAUAUGAUGUUCUAAUAUUUAUUUUUUCAAGGAAGACUAUUCAAUUUAUUGUUGCCAGUAAUAUGUAAUGUUAAUUGUAGUUUUGUUAUUUGAACAUUUGUUUACACAUAGAUGGUUCUAUAAGUGCUCAGCCAACAAGGAGUCAAUUAGUAGUCAGAGUGACCUCAUCUGAUUUCCCCUUAAUUUGAAUUUUUGGAUUCUUUUUUUUUCCCUUAAUGCUAAUUACAUCAUUACUGUUAACAUCAUUAUUAUAAGGAUAUUAUUAAGAAUAUUAAUCCUUCAGAGACAGGUAUGGGUGUAGCUGUAAUGACUUGCAAGAUUGACGGCUGUGCACAGCUUGGGCCCAGCCACAAAGUCUAGAUUGUUGUUUAAUAUUACCUUACAAUAAAUUCAGGCUCCAUCAUCAUAGGAUUAAUGUCAAUGUAGAAUUUUAAGUAAGGUUUCUCUAAAUUAAGGAAAAAGGCAAACGGAGAUACAUAAAACCACAUAGUGAACAAGUGAUUGACUCCUUAAUGGCUAAACACUUGUGGAGCCAUUUUGUGUGACUACAAUUAACCCAGUGCCGACGGGUAAAAAUGUUUGGUAAGUGAACGUAAUAACGGGAUUAUUGGCGCGCAUCAGCAGUUUCCCCUGUUUGCGUCCGGCUUGAUUGGUAGUUUGCAAGCAACAUUUAGCACUUAAAAGCUUUUAUUUUGCUAUGAUUUAUAAAAAUAUUAUAAUUUUGAAGGUUUACCUUCAUUAUAGAUGCCAUUGCCUAAAAUUUUUACCAUAUAAAUGAAGCCGCUCCUAUCGGAGAAAAACAAACUCCAUCUGAUAAGCCAGUGGCGCGGGAAUGGGCAUGAUGCGAUGCCAUCCGUGUUUCAGUCCACAACAGCCAUGGCAUGUACAUACAUGCCACCCGUCGGCUAGGGGUUAAUAAAGUAAACUCACAGUAGGCAUGGCAUGUAUGUCCAUGCCAUCUCUGACAUAAAUGAUUUAAAGUCCAGAUCUUCAUUCUUGUAGCUGAAGACAACAAUUUUAUCAACUGAAUCAUAUAACUGCCAUAAAGAAAAUUUUGCUUUGAUCAGACAGCAUGUGAGUGAUAAUAAGAUAAUGGCCAGUCAUAUGCAUGCAAUGCAAAGCCAUAUUUUGAAAGAAAGAAAAAAAGGUGUAUUGUUACCAUCUUGGAUAAUUUGGUCCACUAUCUUAGAAUAGGUCACUAUGAAUAUAUUCUAGACUGGUAAUUUUGUACAAAGAUAAGUGUAAUUUGGUGAUUUGAACAAGCAAGGGGAAAGUUACCAUACAAGGCCAAAGAAAUUUUUUACCUCAUGCCAUGAUUUGGAAGGCCUCAUAUUAAGGCAUACAUGAAGCUUUGGGGCACCUUGAAAGAAAUGGUGACAGUACCCAAUCAUGCAGGUCCACCAUGACAUCAUCCUCUCAUGGUCGACCACCCCUUUUGCCAGAAUGUCUUCACAUGUGGUUGAGCUUGCUCGAAAUUGAUCACACAAAACAGUAAUGUGCCUAUUAGGCCCUGGCUACAUACUUUGAGGAGAAGUAGUUCCUUAAAAGUAGGAUUAAAGACUAUUCUUGGCCUCAAUACCUAAAUGACCGUUUAUUUCAUAGCCUCUAGCACAGAAAGAGGGAGUACUAAGUUUCCUAUAUGUCUGUUUCUUUCCUACAAGCAGCUGACUCCACAUACAUCCUGACAUUCAGUAUGGCAUUUGGGGCUCCCAUAGUCAUUGGGUUAAAAGCGUACCAGUAAGUUUAUGUAUGUACAUAGAUAAAUGAAUAUGAAAUAUAUACGCACACUCGCACACGCACACCCACACACACACACGCGCACACACACACGCGCGCACACACACACACACACGUAUAUGUUCAUGUAUAUUCAUAUUUAUAUAUGUUAUCACAAUGUUGCCAAUUAUUUUAGGACAGAUAUGCCAUUAUGGAAAGGUUGGUUUGCUGUUAUAGUAGUUUUUUCUUUCCAGUAAGAAGUAAUGAGAUGUAUUCAUUAUAAAUUACAAUGAUAAUGAGAACUGUUUGACCAGUUAUAUAUAUGUGUCUUCCCUUGGAUUUCAUAGAAUUAAAAAGAAAAAUGUGUUUGUAACAGCUCUCUGCUUUUCCAUUGUGUACAGUUUAGCUUUUUACAUAAAUCAUGUUGGUUCCACUUGCACUAUAGCAUGUAGUCCUACUAGAACUUGUACUUUUCCAACUCCUUUAUAUAAAUUUGGGAACAAGAAAUUGACCCAAAAUUGCUGUGCCUUUCUGUGUUUGUAAGUAGAUUGGCUCUGGUUGUUAUUCUGUGCUGUUAUAAUUUUUUAAAGAAGAGGGAAUAAUUGAUUUUUGUAAUACAAAGUUUGUAAGGUAAAUAUAUAUUCUUGUAACUUCAGAUAAGCUCAAUCAUAGCUCUGUGGUGACCAGGUUAUUUGAUAGUUGACAUAGUCAGCUAUACAUGGGAAAAAUAUUACUCAUAAAAUACAUUGUCACAGUCUUGGUA